GGAGAGCUCGGAGCCGCUCCAGGCUCUUCGGCUGCCGCCUCCUCCGAGAACGUCGUUGCCCCAGGACCGGCUUCGGCCACUGCCCCCACGGGAGCCCAGCGCACAGUCUCGCAUGGUGGCAGCGACUCCUCCUCCUCCUCCUCCUCUUCUUCUUCGUCCUUCGCCUUAGGCCCGACGGCGGUCACCACAGUUCCCAGCUCUGUAGAGGUUCCCACCGCCGCCAUCUUCCCGGAAACGCCGCCGCACGUCAGUUGCGCCCCUUACUGCCAUGGCAACGGGCUUGUGUAAGCGGUGGGCGGGGCUUGUAGCCUCCAAUCUCGGGAGGGCCCGCCCCCUCGGGACUUAUUUAAUGCUUUUUGUGAAUUAGACACAGGAAUACUUUGCGUUGGAAGAACAAGUGAAUGAAACCCAGAACAAGUAAUGUCCUGCCUAUAGGGUCUAGGGUAGUCCUUUCCCUGUACAAAAAGGGUAGAUAUUGUAUUCCUGAUCUGUCUAUUUCUGGAGACUCCGAGAUGUAGUAAACGCUCCCAGAGUCCUUCUGGAGUGCAAAUCACUUUUGCUGUCAAGCCACCUUUCCCUCCCUCUCAACCCUUCCUCCUACCAUAUUAGGAGAGACAGCUGCUAGGGAGCUCUUAGGAGCUAAAGAUAGAGGCCUUUGCUUGGGACUCCAAAAGCCACGGGGCAGCUGGAGCCACCAUGGAACGGCAGCAUGCCCGGACUCUGUGGUACGACAGACCCAAAUAUGUUUUCAUGGAGUUUUGCGUUGAGGACAGCACCGACGUCAAUGUGCUCCUUGAGGACCACCGCAUUGUGUUCAGCUGCAGGAACGGUGAUGGGGUGGAGCUGUACAAUGAGAUUGAGUUCUAUGCCAAGGUGAACUCCAAGGACUCCCAGGAUAAGCGCUCUGGUCGCUCCAUUACUUGCUUUGUGAGGAAAUGGAAGGAGAAGGUGGCCUGGCCUCGGCUCACCAAGGAGGAUAUAAAGCCUGUGUGGCUCUCUGUGGACUUCGAUAACUGGAGAGACUGGGAAGGAGAUGACGAGGUAGAGCUGGCUCAGGUGGAACACUAUGCAGAGCUUUUGAACAAGGUCAGCACUAAGAGGCCUCCUCCUGCCAUGGAUGAUCUGGACGAUGAUUCUGACAGCUAACUAGCUUUCUGUGACAGCGGACCUGGGGAGGAGGCUGUAGCUGCUGUCAUGCUGAAAAGCUAGGAUGGGGCCUUCUUCAACUACUUCACUAUGCAUGAAGAGCCACAGAGACCUCUGAACUCUUCUAGAAGCUCUUUCUGAAGGGUCCCUCUCCAUGUGUUAGGUCUUUCUUCUGGCACCUGAGUGUGGGCCUGCAUCAGAUGGGGUGGAAAGCUGACUGGUGGGGCUACUGACUUCCCACUGACUUGACUUAGAAUCUGUGCUUGGGAAGCUUGGGGUUUGGGACAUGUGUUUACAUGUGGUAAAGCAAGGGCCAAAGAAGAAAGAGAUUAUAAUAAAUUCUAGGAAUGA